AUGGCCGAAAACCUCGACAACCCAAUUCCUUUCUCCGAACCAGCCUACCUCUGCGGCCUCCCAUCCCCAUACUACUCCCAAUCGCAUCUCCAGUUCCAGAAAGCUUGUCGCAAGUUUCUAUGGGACAACCUACUCAGCCAUGCACCCGAAUGGGAAAAAGAAGGUCAAGUUCCCGAACAUGUCUUUAGCACAUUCUGCAAGAGCGGCAUGCUGCUGCCCAACUUGCCGGCCCCAUUACCCGUGGAGUGGCUGAAGAAGCUCGGCAUCAACGACAUAUUGGGCGUCAAGGUUGAGGACUGGGAUUACUUGCACACUGGCAUUUACUGCGACGAGUUGGCUCGCUCGGGUUUAGCUGGCCCUGGCGCUUCCUUAAACGCCGGCUUCGCGUUUGGAAUCCCUCCCAUUAUCAAGCAUGGGAGCAAAGACUUGCAAAACCGUUUUCUACCAGAUUUCUUGACUGGCAGGAAGCGCACGUGCAUCGCCAUCACGGAACCUGACGCGGGCAGCGAUGUUGCCAACAUUACCACUACGGCUGAGAAGAGUGCCGAUGGGAAGCACUAUAUCAUCAAUGGAGCCAAGAAAUGGAUUACAAAUGGCAUCUGGUCCGACUACACGACCAUGGCUGUCCGCACCGGCGGCCCUGGCGGCAAAGGCCUUUCCGUCAUCAUCGUCCCUCUCAAAGGCCACCCGGGCGUCACAAUGCGCCGUCUCCCAGUCGGUGGCCAAAAGGCCGGCGGCACAACAUACAUUGAACUCGACGACGUCAAGGUCCCCGUGGAGAACCUCAUCGGCAGAGAAGGCGACGGCCUGCGCAUCAUCCUCACCAACUUCAACCACGAGCGCCUCACCAUCGCCGUGGGAGUCACGCGACAAGCGCGAACAGCCCUCUCCGCCGCGUUUGCGUACUGCCUGAAGCGCGACGCCUUUGGCAAGAAGCUCAUGGACCAGCCUGUUGUGAGACACAGGCUGGCGAAGGCCGGCGCUGAGCUCGAGACCAUGAAUGCGUGGACGGAACAGAUUCUGUAUCAGCUGUGCCAUAUGAAGCCCCAAGAGGCUGAUCUUAAACUCGGUGGGAUUACGGCGCUUGCGAAGGCCAAGUCUGCGAUGGUGUUGAAUGAGUGUGCGCAGUGUGCAGUGCUUUUGUUUGGUGGGAAUGGAUUUACGGCCGCCGGGCAAGGUGCAUUGGUUGAAGCUAUUUAUCGGGAUGUUCCUGGCGCUCGUAUUCCCGGUGGUUCGGAAGAUGUUUUGCUGGACCUUGCUGUGCGUCAACUGGUCAAGGUGUAUCAGGCUGGGGGCUUGCCUACAUCACAAGCUUCAAAGAUCUGA